AUGCCACUCUACCCAGGAGCUUCUCAAGGAUGCGAUGAAUGCCGACGACGCCGCAAGAAGUUCGUGAACGAAAAUGAAUACUCAGAGACUGCUCUUUCCGCCCACGUCGGUGGAGUCUUAAGCAUCUUAGAGCUCUAUGGGCCGAACAAUUUCUCUUCACCUCACAUUCGACAGGCUUUUAGUGGAUUCAGGGGAAUAUUUCUCUCUAUUAGAAUCAGCAGGCAUACCCCAACCUUCCUAGCAGAUCCAGAUUGGAUACGUCUCCCAUUUCUGAAUGCUCAGAAGGCUAGAAUGGAGUUUCUUCACGAUAUUGCAUUGCAGAUUCCCGGGCUCUUCUACCAAACAGAUCGAUGGUUUGAUGGGCGUGGAAAUUCCGCUUUCAACAAUUCCAAUCAAGAAACCUCGGAUCCUACGGAUCAAAAUCUAGAACUCGCUCUCUCCCUUUUGAAUGAUUACCGGGUCAUCUUCAAUCAAUUAGAAGACUGGGAAAGCAAUUUGAAAGCUUCCGAGCAGGGUCCUCUAUACUGGCAUUCGGAUAUCCCAAUGCCAAGCAAAUUUGUCGACGUCGACUCGAUUUGCAUACCCUCAUUUCCAGAUGAAACAUACCAAAUCCGCUUCCAAAAUACCCAAAAAGCAGGUCUUGCUGUGACCUUCUGGUCAUAUCGGCUAGAACUUCUUAUGCAAAUGAUAAAACUCCAGCGAAGCUUGCUUGACAUACAGGCUCAAUCAUUGGAAAAGAACCUGGCCUUGGCGGAAGAAACAGCUUGUCUUAUCCUGCAAGCCGCACCUUACCUGACAUGUUGUUUUGAGGGUGCAGUGGCGUCAAAGGCACCGCUUCGAACUGUAUCGAGAUAUUUCGAGCUGGCAGCUUGGGAGAAAGAGUUCUAUUUGCCGUCAGCUAGCAUUUUAACGUGAAUCGGACAUAUCGUUCCCAGCC